AUGACUUCCAGUCCGACCGUUACCUCGAGCCCCUCAGUCUCCGGCAGAUCGCUGCUGUCUCGACUCCGCGCGCCACUCAAGUCCAAAACGCGCAAUUUCACCGAAUUCUACAUACAGCCCGACGAUCCGCACCGCCAGUAUGCACCUGGGGAUGUCAUCAGUGGCAGUGUCAUAGUCAAGGUCAUCAAGCCGCUGCGGAUAACACAUCUGGUCAUCUCGCUGCACGGCUACGCGCAAGUGUACAAGAACCCAAACUCGCCCGGGGACGCAUACAAAAACUACAGUACUACAGUGGGAUCCGGAAAGGGCAAGAAACCCGGGAGCUACUUUGGCAAUGGUUUCGUCUCGCUCUUUGAGGACGAGGCGGUCUUGUGCGGGGAAGGAAGACUGGGAGAGGGCGUGUAUCACUUCAAUUUCGAAUUGGAGUUUCCGUCCAAAGGUCUGCCUAGCAGUAUAGACUUUGAGCGGGGAACUAUAUCGUACAUGUUGACUGCCAGUCUAACAAAACCAACCACCAUAUCUCCCGUAUCGUCAUGCGACACCAAGGUUCAUUUUAUGGAUAUCAUCGACAUCGCCUCCGUACCUGAACCAAAGCCUAGGGCGAUAUCCCUAGAGCCUAUAUCCCGAAGAGGUCGAGCAAGGACGCCGAAAAAGCUGCCGCAAGUACAGGAGGCAACAUUACAGGUACCCGAGGAUUUGGGGCCCACACGUAGUGCGCGGGCGUCGGAUUCGAAUCUUGGUGUGGAAGAAGCCGACCAUCCCGGAAGCCCGGCCCCGAGCGAUACAAGUUUUGAAAGCCAGAUGAGCAGCGGCAACGCCUCUGGCACAGAGUAUGGCAUACGCUCAGUGAAUACCCACCUGGAUAGCACCUUGUCCAACGCCAAUCAAACAAGUGUAAAAGGCAAGAUCAUAACUGCAACAAUUGAAGUAUCGAAAGGUGGUUUCCUGCGCGGCGAUAAUAUAAAUUUGAAGAUAUCGGUCAACCAUACAAAGCAUGUGAGGAGUCUGAAGGGGAUCAUUAUCACGCUUUACAGACAGGCAAGAGUCGAUAUGCAUCCUGCACUGCCAGUCUUAGCAAACAGCAAGAACGAUAAGGCCAAAUCCGAGGACUAUUACCCCAAGUCACGCACGGGCCUCGGUGGCCUGUCUCUCUCUUCGGCUGGAUCAAGUCACCUGUUCCGCAAGGAUUUAUCUCAGUCAUUCGCUCCUCUCUUUGUCGACCCAAGAACGCUUACUGCGGAGGUCAAAUGUGCAGUAAGAGUACCUGAUGAGGCAUUCCCCAGCAUUUCUAAUGUGCCUGGGGCGAUGAUAAGUUUCAAGUACUUUGUGGAAGUUGUCGUCGAUAUUCAAGGAAAACUCUCGGGACUUGAUCGCAUCCUUCCCACUGCCGGCCUGGUACCGAUGAGCUCCACUUCGGCCAUGGGUGGCUUAGGACCCGAAGAUGCUAAUGGCAGUAUGUUCUCAACAUGGGGCGGCAACUUCGCUGAUACGGACUCCAUACGGCGUGAAAAGGGCGUGGUAUCGAGCUUGUUCGAGGUUGUUAUCGGCACAAAAGAUAGCGAAAGAAAUGGCAAACGGAAAGCUCAGCCUGUUGAUGCUCGACCGGAUGUUCAGGAAAUACCGCUCGAACCGACGCCUUCGGUGGGUGGAGAGCAGGAUCAGGACUACUACGGAUAUGAUCACGAUGGCCAGUAUUACGACCAUUACGCCUACGACGAUGCUUAUGGCGAAGCACCAGGAUAUCACGACGGUAGCAGCUCACGGGCGCCCUAUAUCCCGCAGCCGGAGAACGAAGAAGGCCUGUCUGAGAAGGAGCGAAUACAAAGGGCAGAAGCACGUCUCCUACCCUCACAACCUCCUGGGGAUGGUGGGUCACCAGCUCCGCCUGAAGUCCCGAGCGGCAUACCGCCUUCGGCUCCUGUCCUCGAUGACGACGAUGAUAUACGCCCUACGUACUUCCCUACGGCAUCCUCAGCAACCGCAUCUGGAUCAUCGUCUCACCCACCACCGUCCUUCUCAGCCGCUACCGCAGCCGCUCCACCGCGGUCUCUACCACGUACCUCUGCCGACGAUGACACCCGGACAGCUACUACAGGCUCUUCGCUAACCAUCAAUGCCAACACUAUCCAUCCGUCUCCAGCUAGCAGCACCGUUCCGAAUGCAAUAAAAGCCCUCCCUGCUCUCCCUCCACCAUCACCAUCACCAUCACCAGCUGCUGCACCAGAUUACACUCCGUCCUCAUCAGCGCACGUCCAACCCACAGAUGACAAACAAGAGCUUCAGCGAAGAAGGCUACAGAUGGAAGCGAGUGCACCUCUGACAAACCCAGAAGAAACAUCGUCAUCACAUGGGCUGGCGCCGCCGGCAGACGCAAUGCACAACCUCACGCUGGCACCCUCGGCACCGAUGCUCGAUGACGACGACGAAGGCCUCGUGAGCGCUGUGAGGCCAGGACGUAGCCGAGGCCAUAGCGAGGCGCCUGGGGGUGACGAGUUGCCGGAGUACCAGGGGUAG